AUGGCGACUUCGGUGUGGGAGUCAGGGAGAGCGAAUGCGGCGGAGCAGUCGAUGAGUUCCGUUCAAGGGCGGCGCUGGGAGAAGCACUGGCCGACGGAGGAGGAGCGGCGGGAGAUGAAGUUGCGGAAGUCCGGUGUGAUGGUUGCAGGUUGGGAUUCGGGCUGUGUCGUGGGGUUCGUAACGGGGAGGGGCAGAGCGACGGUUUUUCCAGACGGCGGUUACAAUCCUGACGCAGUGUGA